AUCGCCGAUGACAUCCCUGCUCUCUCUCUCUUCAGUCGAACUGGAAAAGUCGUCAAGCUCGGGUGAAAGUUUUCGAGAGUGUAAACGUGCGGCUCUUAACACAUACACACACACACACACAUACAUUCACACACGUACACAUACAAUUCACUAUCCACUAUUCACUAUUCACGUUUGCUACGUACACUUACACAUAUACGCGAUACGCACGUACACAGAGAGAUAGAGACACGCAUACAUACGCGCGCGUUAUACAUGUACAAGCGUGAGAAAAACAUAUAUACAUCGAUUUCAACGAUAAUUGACACACAUCUAUAAAAACUAUACGUACUAUACGAACGCAUAUAUUAUAGAAACGACAUAUAUAAUUAUAUAUAUAUAUAUAUAUGUAUGUAUAUUUUAUAUAUACAAUAAUACGUAUAUAUAUAUAUAUAUACAUAUAUCGAUAUUAUCGAAUUUAAUAUCGUAUCGGAAAAAAGGAAAAUUUUAUUCGAUGAUAAAAGCCACGAUGUUUUGUGUCAAAUCGAGGCAACUACCGAUGCUUCAAGUUUCGGGAAAUUGCUUUUUCCCUUUCAACCCAAGCUUGCAAGAGGAACUUAAACGAUUAUUCACCGAUGAUUUCACGUUCUACAGCUACUAUACUAAUCCGUAUCCUAACGUGGACGACGUGAUGGAAGAAUUUCGUCACAAUGGACGGGAUUUCGAAUAUUGCCCGGAUGUCGACGAUUAUCCACAGCCUGUACCGAAUAUUCGUCGAAAAAAGCCGAAAAAGCCAUUGCCAAACGUAUGUGUCUUUUGUAGAAACAAUGGCGUUGAAGAGAUAUAUUAUCGGCAACAUUUGAUCAAGUAUGCCGAUGGCCGUGUACAGUGUCCCGUUCUUAGGGCCUAUACAUGUCCAAUCUGUGGUGCUACAGGAGAUACAGCACAUACCGUGAGCCAUUGUCCAAUGAGGUCGAAAAAUUCAGCAUCUUAUCAAUCAAAACCAUCAAUUGAAACAAUUUCAACUACGAACGAUCCCAAAUUACAAAGAAGUUCAAUAGGUAAACGACGACAAAAAUAAAUUGAUUUUCUUCGUUCUUUUGGAAUAUAUCGACGAGCUUAAUUUUUUAAGUACUUUAUCAAGUGUGAUCUAUCUUAAUGAAAAAGAAAAUAAGAGAGAGAGAGAUAGAGAGCAAAAGUAUACUAAGUUACUCUGUUGGUAGAAAUGAAUUUCAAUAGAUUUUUGUGCUAUACAAAUAACAAAAAUGAUUAAGUGAUCGCAUUUUUGAAAAUAUAAAAGAUCGUUCGACUUAGAUAUGCCGUAUAUACGUAACUCGAAGUAGUAUGUAUAAUUUUGUAUUAUGAGAAUACGUAGACUUGCAAUGAUUUUGUACUUACUAUAUAUGAUUGAUCCUGUACAUCGUUUAUCAAAUAUGAAUAUCGUGGCGCAUAUUAAUUAUACUUUUAAAGGUUAAGUAAUGAAUUAUUUCAUUGAGAAUGUAUUAAGUGAAGCCUUUUAAACAAUUCUUAUAUUAUACACACACACAUAUAUAUAUGUGUAUAUGUAUAGGUUAUCUUUUUUUCUUUUUUCCUUUCUUCCACUAUAUUAAAUGAAUGACUUUAUUCGACAACAAAAAAAAAAAAAAAAGAAGUGGAUUUUUAAAAGGUUUCGAGUGAUAUCAAAUAUAUAAUUCUCAAUAAUGAAAAUAGAUAAGACUGCAAAGUUUAACAACCGACAAUCUUUUUAUUAUAUAAUAUAUAUAUAUGUAUGUAUGCAUUUAUAUAUGUAUGUAUGUAUGUAUGUAUGUAUGUAUGUAUAUUUAUGUAUGUGUAUUAAUAUAUAUAUACAUAUACAUACAUAUAUAUUAAUUAAAAGAGACGAAGAAAGUUUCUUUUAUAAAUUUUUCAGAAAGAAUAAAUGUUAAUAGCUUGAGAGAAUGAAAUUGCAAUAAUUAUAUAUAUAUAUAUAUUUAUUUAUAUAAAUAAAUAUAUGUAUAUGUAUAUAUAUAUAUAGAAUUAGAUAUAGCUACAUCUUUUUAUGUGCAAAAAUUUAAAUCUUUUCUUUUUUUAUUUAUUACAAGAAGUGAUAUAUAUAUAUGUAUAUAUAUAUAUAUCAUUGUUUUGAAUUUAAGAUGGAUGAACAUUAACGAACGUUAUUUUAUUAUAUAAUUGUGGCCACAAUUCUAAUUAAAAGGCAUGCAUUAAAAAGAAAAAAAAGAUUAUAAAAAAAAAAAAAAAAAAUAUCAUUUUUUUUUGAUUCGUCAAGAUGGCAGUAAUCGUGACGAUAAUUAAAAGAUCCUAUUCGUUUUUUUAAACGCCUUCUGACAGAACUUUAUACGAACUACUACAAAGUUCCAAGACUACUUUAUCGUACAUUUGAAAUAUUAACAAUUUUCUAUGAUAUAAUUGACGUACAUUUUUAAACAUGGCGUUACGUUAACAUUUAUUAUUAUUAUUAUUAUUUUUUUUCUAUUAUGCAAAACUUAGAUCGUCAAAAGUUCUAAGAUAGGAUCGAUACAUCAUAUAUUAAAUUUCUAGAUUCACUGAAGUCGUUCGUUCAUGUGCCUGAUUACGUAAUUAAUAUAAUUGUAGUUAUUGAAGAAUUAAACAAAAAAAAAAUAAAUAAAUAAAAAAUAAAAAGAUUCAAAGAAGAAGAAGAAGUAGGAGGAAAAGGAAAAAAAGGGAAAAACUAAGAAUUUCUAUUUCGACAAAAUAAAUAUUCGUUUUAAUCAUAGUAUUCGAAAAAGUAUUAUUAGAUUUGUAAAAUGAUCUCAAUAUGAUUUUUCUUUUUUAGUCGUCAUAUUGCUCUCAUGUAUCUUUACUUAACAUUUAUAUGUACAUGCAUAUAUGUAUAUACAUAUAUACACACACAUAUGUAUGUGUAUAUAUAAAUAUGUAUGUAUGUAUAUAUGUAUGUAUUUAUAACGGUUUGUGUUCCAAUGUUUUUGUAUUUUUUUUUUUUUUUUGUUGAAAAGUCAGAUACAUAUAUUGUAAUAUUAUAGUAUUAUUGUAACUAUUAUUUUGUAAAUGGGUUAAACUAUUCAAACUAUAUUUGGCUGUAUGUUUUUCCAAAGAUACUUUUUUUCCGCUUAUUAUUAUUAUUAUUAUUAUUAUUAUUAUUAUUAUUAUUAUUAUUAUUAUUAUUAUUAUUUUAUAUAUAUAUUAUACGCAUACAUACACACACGCAUAUAGUAGUAUUUAAAGGAAUUAGUAUUAAAAAAAAAAAAGUUGAAUUACUUAUUCAUACAUAUUAUAUAUAUUACAUAUUACAUAUUAGUUGUAUUAAGUCUUAAGUGAUUUUCUUCCAUAAGAUAUAGUUAAUUGAUUAAUUGCACAAAAUCUAAAAUAUCAUCAUGCUCUCUUUUCCAUCAAACAUUACUCUUUGACUGAAAUAAAAUAGACCUAGUUCAUAAUGAAGAUUAUACGUAUAUAAAGUAUAAUAAUAAAUUGAAUUCUGAAUCGAAGAGCAAAGAUGAUAAAUGUAUAAUAUAAAGCAUACAAGAGAUUAAUAUAAAUUUGUCAUUGAUAUUGCUACUUACUAUAUUCGAGUAAUAUCAAAUCUUUUGUUUUGUUCAUUUAAUUUUUACAUUAUAUAUAUAUUUACACACACACACACACACGCGCUAUAUAUAUAUAUGCAUGUAUAUACACAUAUACAUAUAGUCUCACGUUCUCUUGUUUUAUUACAAUCAUAGAAUUUUACAGAAUUGUACAAAUAUGAUAAUUUUUAUAACUCAGAAAAAAAAAGGAGAAGAAGAAAAGAAUACCAUCUUUAAUAGAUUUCAUGUAUAAUAGAUAAUUAAUGGUAUUGAUCUAUAUAUUUUGUCAUCGAUCAAAUCCAAUGGGCCGUAUUACGUGCUAAAUGCAUAUAUUUUUUUUUUUAAUUUCCUUUCUCUUUUUUGGCUCAAGAAAUGAGUGCCAGAAAAAGAAAAGAUAUACUUUUUUUUUUUGUUUAUUUUUCAAUUUUGCUUUUACAAAUGUUCCUAUAUGUCGCCAGUAAUAAAAUCGGUUGUUGCUAUAUUAUGUAACUUUCUGCAAUAUCGCCAUGAUAAAUACCUCUUUUUGGUACAUAUAUUAUAAUUACUGCUAUUUAAUUAUUAUUAUUAUUAUUAUUAUUAUUAUUAUUAUUAUUAUUAUUAUUAUUAUUAUUAUAUUAAUAUUAUUGAUGUAUAAUUUUACGAUAUUUAAUUAAGUGUUUUUUAUGUGUGAAUUUUGUACUAUGAAUAUUAUUGUUUAGUAUAUAUAUAUAUAUAAAUAUAUAUAUAUUUAGUAUAUAUAUAUAUAAACAAAAAAAAGAAACAAAAAGAAAAGAAAAAAAAAAAUCUGUUUUUACACGUGUUAUUUCUUUUUUUUUUAAUUUUUUUCUUUCUUAAAACACAAAUCAAACCGCGUUCCCUUUUAUGUGUUAAGUAAAUAGGUCAUUGGAUCGACAUUCGUCACGCCAGGUUGGUCCUAAUAUUUUUGUCGAAUUAAUCACUGUGACGAUUUGAAUCUGUUAUACAUAUAUCGAUACAUACCAAUGAUCCAUACGAUUUAUUCGGAGUUUGUCAUACAUUCAUUUUAUUUUUUAUUUUUUACUUUUCAAUAAAAUAACAUGCGUGAUAACAGCAAGUGUCUAUUGUUCAUUCACGUUACGUUUUCGAUCAGUAAUUUACU